GAUGUAAGUAAUGGGCCCUGCCUGCUAGCCUGCUCCCUAAAAUAUCACAUAUGAAGGGUCCCAUUACCUUCAGUAGCUUAGGGCCUCAUCAAACCUAAAUCCUGCCCUGACAAUAUGCACCCAUUGUGUUGCUGCCCCAUAAUAUUUGAGAUGUACCGGGAAUUAUUCCUGAUAAACUAACAAAUUCUGGUUUCUGUCCUCUCAAGCAAACUCAGCCCAGCUCUGUAAUGCAAAGAGCAAAGGAAUCGCUCCUUUUUACCUCCUUAAUUGCCUGCAACCCACAGGUUAUAGGUGUGAAGGGAAACUAAUUUCCACCAGGUGAUCUUUGCUUGCGCACCCUUAUUUACUAGUGAGCCGGCCUGAGAAAUCAAUGUUUGCAAUAUGCGUGCCAUUUCCUUGACUGAGGAGAUAAAUUCUCCAUUGGGAAGGGGGUGCUUUUUUCACAGCCUGACAAAGCCGGUCAAAAGGGCAGCAGCUGGGAGGGCAGGCAGGCGGCUGUUCAGAUGGGAAGAUUUCCCCUGAGACACGCGGGACCUGCCUAGCCGUGAACCCAUAAAAAGCCAUGUACCCAUAAAAGGGACUGGGCGGAGUUUGCCUCCUUGCAGCCAAAAAAAUGGAGCUGGGAGAGGGAGGGCAGCAGACAGCUGGUGGGACUGGAGAAAGGCAGUUUCCUUUGCAGCCCUGGCUCUGGCCUGCAAUUGCUGGGAGACAAAAAGGAGGCAAUAAAAAAAAAAGGAAAAACCUGCCUUGCCUUUGAGGUUAGAAGCUCUGUGUUCCAGCUGGGAAAGAGAGGCUGUUAUUUGGGAAUCUUCACUUUGGAAAGGUGGGCACUUUCUUCCCUCCCUUGGGAUGGGCAUUUGUCCAUGGAAUCUUGACUUGACAGCCGAAGCUCAUCCUGUGUGACUUCAGAUGGGAGCCAGGGUCGUGCCUUUUUGGUUACCUAGGGUCAGGUGACAGGGUCCUCCUCUUACCUCCUACCUAACAGCCUCUGCCACCUGCCCUCUUUGAUAUUUGGAAAAUCAGGUCUCCCUAGAUCCCAUGCCUCUGCCCUCCAGGCUUCCUCAUCCCUUGAGGAGUGAGUGGGGGAGAAAAGAGUGAGGCAGAUCUCUUUGGUAAUUUCUGCUUUCCUGAAGAGCCACAUAACCUCGCUCACUGGCCCCUACAUUUUGCAUUCCUAGGGUAUUUAUUAGACAGACCUUGGCCUAUCUCCUUGAUCUAUGCCGUUCUCAACUUUGUGGGAAAGCACACAGGCUAGAGCAGGAUUUGACCUUCAAGCACUGACGCAGGAAGAGGGGCUUUGAACCUCGCCCAUCUCCUCGCUGCGGGAUCGAAAGCCAUGCGCCGGCGUCUCCUCCAGGCCUCCUCUGGAGUUGUUCUAUUUCUCGUGAGCAUGGUGCUUCUUUCCACGAGGCGUUACGGCAUCCAGGAAGCGGUCGGCAACCAGAGACUUUCGGGAGGGAUACCUGGCAGGUGGGCAUGGAGGGAGAUGAUGCUGGCAGACUGGAGAAACAGGAGGGGGACUGAGCAUGGAAAACAACUCAAGGGCCACGAUGAUGGUAUGGCACAUUCUGCUGUUGGGAAAGGCCUCUUGCCGGAAGAGCUUUUCAUCGCUGUCAAGACAACCCAGAAGUUCCACCAGUCCAGGAUGGGAUUGCUGCUGGAGACUUGGAUCUCCCAGGUCAAAGGACAGACAUAUGUCUUCACUGAUAAAGAAGAUGAUGAGCUACGGGAAAAACUGGGUGAUCGCGUAAUCAUCACAAACUGCUCUGCAGAGUACAGCCAUCCAGCACUUUCUUGCAAAAUGGCGGCGGAGUUUGAUACCUUUUUGGUCAGCGGCCUAAGCUGGUUUUGCCACCUUGAUGACGACAACUACCUGAACCCACAAGCUCUACUCAAGCUCUUGUCUUCUUAUUCUCCGGACCAAGAUGUGUAUAUUGGGAAGCCCAGCUUGAAUAGGCCCAUUCGUGCCUCAGAAGCUUCGCCUAACAAUCAGACAAAAUCAGUGUAUUUUUGGUUUGCUACUGGAGGUGCUGGAUUCUGUAUCAGCAGGAAGCUGGCCCGGAAGAUGGCUCCCUGGGCAAGUGGCAACAACUUCCUGAUCACAUCUGAGCUCAUCCACCUCCCAGAUGACUGCACCGUGGGCUAUAUCAUUGAACGUAAGCUAGCCGGUCACUUGGUCCCUAGUGACCUGUUCCACUCUCACCUGGAGAACUUGCACGUCAUCCAGGGUCCCCAACUUACUAAGCAGGUCACUCUCAGCUAUGGCAUUUUUGAGAAGAAGCUCAAUGUUAUCGAGCUUUCUGGUCCUUUUUCUCCGCAAGAUGACCCUUCCAGGUUCCGAUCGCUUCACUGCCUUCUUUAUCCAGACACUUCCUGGUGCCCACAGCCAGUCAUCCUGUGAAAACUGCUCAGAAGCUCUCACCGUGAACGGUGGAGAAGAACAUGAGAAGAGCCCGGCUGGACCAGGCCAAAGGUCUACCUAGCCCAGCCUUCCGUUCUCACAGCGGCCAAACAGAUGCCCAGGGGCUGGCCACAAGCAGGACAUCAGUGCAACAGUACACUACUGCUCCUGAUCUCCAUCAACUGAUGGAGAUGCAUGAGGCAGUUCACAGCCAUCAUGGCUAGGAGCUCUUGAUAGCCUUAUCCAUCACAAAUUUGUUUCCCCCCCCCUGUAAAGCUGUCGAGUUUUCCAAAUCCCUGUUCAACAGAGACCACAGUAGCUGCGUGUUGACUUAGCUGAGGACUUUAUUGAUUACUGAAGGAGGAGCUGAGGCAAGAGGGGAGAUACAUUAAAGUGUGUGGCAAGAGGAUGGAUUGAGAGCUGCUCUUCAAGUUAUGUCAAAUGAGGUAGUAAACUGCAAAUAUGACUACCCUUGGGCCAACUCAAAUAACAUCUGCUGUGAAUCGUAUCUCCUUACAUGUACACUUUCAUUGUGGGACUCAAUUCAUAUGCCUUGCCUACAUUAUCGCUUUUCAUUUUGUUGGACAUAUCACACUGAUGCCCUGGCUCAUCACAUGUGAUGCUCUACAUGUGGCUGAAGAUAUGUUGGAAUACGCAAGCCUGGUACUUCCCCUGAAAGCGUCACUUCACUGCUCUUGAACCUUGGGUUCACAGAUGUUGCUGGACUACAAAUCCCUUCAUCCAUGGUGAUUGGCUGAGCUGGCUAUAGCUUGUCAGGACCCAAGGUUCAAGAACACUGUUCUGUAUGGUUUAGGGACCAGGGUCUUGUCAAAUUAUCAUUCUACUCUUUCAUUGACAGUAGCAGACAGUAUCAGUUGUGUCACUGCUGCCUACUGGGAUGGACAGGUGAGGCAGUGGGGAGAUUGGGGCAGUGCAGAUGCACCAGCAGGUGUGGCAGAUUGUGUCUGCCAGAACAUUUGCACUGCAUGGGCUUUGCUGCCAACUUGCCCCUCCUCCUCUGCCUCUCAGGAAGCUGCAAUGAUGUGACGGAUGGGUGGUUACCACCCACCACCCUGUCUCCUGCUGGUCAUUGAGAUAACCACCAGAGACUUCUCUGGGUGUACAAUUUGCAAAGAUUGAUAACAGUCAAAGAAAAAUCCAAGAGCAAAAAAAGAUGUGAACCAUGUCUCUUGUGCAGUUGUCCUCUAUUUUUGCUUUCCUCCAGGUAACCUAAGGGAGGUUGUGACUAGAGGGAGUCUCUGGGGCCAUAGGCCAGUGGAAGAGCUUCUGCUUUACAUGCAGAAGGUCCCAGGUUCAAUCCCCAACAUCUCCAGGAGGCCCUGAGAAAGACUUCUGUCUGAAUCCUUGGAGCAUCACUGUCAACUCACUAUAUUACAGUGCCCCACCUUUGGAAUGCUCUCCCCAUGGAGACUCACCUGCCAUUCUGGUACCCAGCUUUGUUUUCCUAGGUUUCGCCAGACAUUGUAAGGCACUGAGAAAGUUGUGUUUUUAUCUGCUGCAUUUUUACUAUUUUUAUCUUUCAUGGCCUGUUCAAAUAUUAUUGUAAAAAAUUGGAGUUCUUGCUGAAGUCCAGAAAUAAACAGUAAAUUGCAAGAACUUGGGCCAGGAGGAAGAUGAAUUUCAAAUGAAUCUUCAAAAGGUUUUAUUUAUGUAAUGAAGAAUUCAAAUAGGAAUCAAUUCCAGUAUAAUAGGCAAAUAAAAAUAAAUUCCAGUGAAAAAAUCCCAGGACAAGGCCCUGUUUCGACAAUUCUUCAUCAGCAAUGUUUUAAUGGUCAGAGUGACCAAGUAUGUUCAAAUAUUAUUGCAUUUAAUGUUUGAUUGUAUUGUUCUGUUUUUAUUGUGAGUCACUCUGGGAAUGCACACUUGUUGAAGGUACCAGAUGAACAAAAUUAAUCAAUACAUAAAAUGUCCAAGAAUGACUCUCUACCCACUGAAAUCUGAAAAGGCACCAUUAGUUGUAUCUGCAGUAGCAGAGUGCAAUGGGAGGCACUUUUGUUUCUCUACCAACCAAGGCAGCCUUCUCAGUUACACCCAUAUGUGCCCAACAUGGCACAAUUCAAGGUUCUGGCCUUGACCUAUUAAGCCACAAGGAUGUAUGAAAAGCCUGAUGGAUCAGGCUAAAGUCUGGGUAUCCUUCAGAAGUCCUGAACUGGGUUUUGGCAGAAGCAAAGUUAGGGGUGGUAAUAAUAAUACUACUGGUAGCAACAAUAAUUUCUUUUAAUUCAGUACUUUGCAUAGGGUAGGGUUAGGCUGAGAGAUGGUGACUGGCCAAAAUGAGCAUGAUCACUCUGCCAGAAUUUGAACCUGAAUUCCAGCUUGACACCCUAAUGACCUAACCACACUAGUGCCAUUUGGAUUUUGCACCUCAGGCACCAGAUUGUUCUGGGCUAGCUCUGCCUCUUUGUGAAUCAAAUCUGUUGAUUUUGAUUUUAAACCACUUUCUAGGGAUCUGGAGCUUUGGCUUUUCCUACCAACUUCUCAAGCACCAGAUUUUUAAAGGGCUGCCCUUACUCUAACAUUCUACGUGACUCUACACCUUAACAUUUUGUCUCUAAGGAGCCUGUUCUUUCAUCUGAGAAGUUUCUGGCGACAAUCCUGGCCUUGUAACUUCCAGCUAUUCCUCCCUCUGAGUACACAGAGGCAUGUGAAUCAAAUAACAGGGCACUGAUCAAAAGCCCUGGGAAAACGAAGCCUGCACUUCAAUGAAAUGUGAAUCAGUGUGCGUUCUGAAGCUCUUGGUGUGAAAUGAACCUUUUAAAUAAAUAAAUAAAUUUGAGUGAA